AGGUACAAAUUGACUGGUGGCAUGAUCGGCGUUACUUUGGCGCUUACCGGAAACGAAAGUCAACUCCAGAGGUCUGUCAGGUUAUUGCCAGUUUGUUUGGCAUUUUGGCCAAGUCGUAUGGGAGGAUCCUUCUGAAUCAAAAUGAACUCUAAGCGAGUAAACACGACGGCAACAGCCCGUCUGAAGCAGGACUACAUGAGGAUUAUGAAGGACCCUGUGCCCUACGUCAGAGCCCUCCCCCUUCCUUCCAACAUUCUAGAGUGGCAUUACAUAGUAAGAGGACCAGAAAAGUCACCAUAUGAAGGAGGAAUUUACCAUGGAAAGCUUGUCUUCCCUCGGCAGUUUCCAUUUAAGCCACCUAGUAUAUAUAUGAUUACUCCAAAUGGAAGGUUUAAAUGCAACACAAGACUGUGUCUGUCCAUCAGUGAUUUUCAUCCAGACACAUGGAACCCUGCUUGGUCAGUGUCCACCAUCCUAACAGGGCUACUUAGCUUUAUGCUUGAGAAAGAUCCAACAUUGGGCAGUAUAGAAACUUCUGACUACACGAAGAGACAGCUGGCUGCACAGAGCGGAUCCUUUAACUUGUCUGAUAGUGUCUUUUGUGACCUGUUUCCUGAUGUAGCAGAGGAAAUAAAAGAGGAGCAGCAAAGGCGAGCUGAAGAACUACGGCAGUCGACCAACCAUGGAGCAAUAGGUCAAAGGUCACAUUCAAAUGACGGUCAAAACCCGGCAGACAAUGAAAAUCAGGGCUUGAUAGGGAGCGCUCUAGCUAACAUCUUUGUCAUUGUUGGACUUGCUGCAUUUGCAUACACAGUGAAAUAUGUUCUGAAGAGUAUUGUGGAGUAAACUGUCAGUAAAGUGUCAAAUAUCAUGACCUUUGUCAAGGGUUGUACUGGAAUGUCUUUCAUUUAAUCUUCGUGUAAGAUGUACAGUAACCAUGGUAUGUACUAUGACAUGUACUAGUACAGUUAUCAUGUUAUGUACUACUGGUACAGGAAUCAUGUUAUGUACUACUAGUACAGUAAUCAUGUAUGAACUACUAGGACUUUUACAGGGCACUGUAUUAUCAGCGCUCUGCUUGAGGAAUGCAUUAUUUAUUUUAACUCAUUGAAAUAGAAUUUAAAGAACAGUACUGAUAAAUUAAUUUUGGAUUUUGAAGUUGUAAAUGAUGCCCCUAGUUAUAAAUACUGUAUACAGGGUUAUUUACGCCCCAAAUUAUUUUCGCCCUUCUUCACUUUCAAACGGUUUCGGCCUGUCUUGAAUUCUUGAAUAAGUUUGUUUUAAAGAGAGAAAAUGUAAGACUUUGGAAGUUGCCCAGUCUUAAAUUCGCCCGCUGACAACGAGGGCAAAAGGGGUAAAAAUAGAAAGGGGGCGAAUAUUUCCCUGUAUACAGUAUGAAGAAUGGUGCACCUCAACACUUUUAUUUUGUAUGCUGUAUGGACUGUCAUUUGAAUCUCUCCGAUAUGUAUGUAUAAAAAAAAUGAGCCAUUCCCGCUGGAAAUUGUAUCAUAUAUAAGUUGUAAUUGAUAGUCAUAUAGUAUGUGGGAUUGGUCGAGUAAGUUAUGUCCUGUCCAAUUGGAUCUUGCUGCAAAACAAGGUUCGGUGUUUUUUCUUUCAUAUCAAACUUUGUUGGAGAUGCAUAUAUCCUUGGUAUGGAAACUGCCUCAUAUUAAUGUAUUAUUCACUUGCCUUUUAUUUCUAAACCUUUUACCAAUUUUUGUUUAAAAUCUGAAUUCAAUUAGAAAUUUUAUCGAUUGUUUCUAUAACAAAAUGAAAGUCACCUUGUAUAUUUUAUGAUUUUAUUGUUUUUAAAUUAAGGAAAAUAAAAGUAUGUUUUAAUUUAUCGUAGGAAAAAAAUAAACGAAAUGCCAUUGUGAAAAGCAAAAUGAUUUGUCUCGGAGAUUUACUGUAAUACAAUGUUAUGUAUUUUAUGCUUAUUCCUUUAUUUCAGUUUUAGUGAAUUGAUUAUGUUUUUUAAUUACCUACUGGUUUGAUUGGAAGAUUGUUUCUUGUACCCUUUAUUUAAUGCUGAAGAAAUUUAAAUCUUUUUGGUAAUAACAUUUAUUCUGGUAUAAAUUAGAUUAACAGGUACGAAAUUACAUAAAUACGCAUUCUGUUCUGACAUACUAUUCCAUCAGUUGUUAUAUGUAUCAUUCAGUUAAAGAUAUGUUGAAUAUUUUUUAGAGAAGUUAAAUAAAACAUAUGUUCAUGUUACAAA